AAUAGAUGUUCUCCCAUGGAUCCCUUUACUCCAAAAUACAACUGCCUCACCACUCUCAAAACCCCAACCCCACAACAAAUCACCUGCUUGGCACUCCACAACAAUUUCCUGUACGCUGCAUCAAUAAACGAAAUCAACGUCUUUGAUCUAUCUACCUAUACUCAGAUUGACACAUUCUCUACAAAUGAUCCAACUUCCGGUUCCAUCAAAUCCAUAGCAUUCCAUAAUACAAAGAUCUUCACUGCCCAUCAAGAUUGCAAGAUCAGAGUCUGGCAAAUUUCUCAAUACUCCAAAGAACAUCAACUUCUUUCCACUCUUCCCACUGUUAAAGAUCGUCUCCGCCAUUUCAUGUUGCCGAGAAAUUAUAUUAACGUUAGGCGUCACAGAAAGCGGCUUUGGAUCGAACAUUGGGAUGCUGUUUCUGGGUUAGCUGUGCAUGGAGGGUUAAUAUAUUCUGUUUCUUGGGAUAAGAGUUUUAAGAUAUGGAAUGUGAAAAAUAAUAGGUGUUUAGAGUCGUUGUUAGCUCAUCAAGACGCUGUUAAUACUUUAGCUGUGUCUGAUAAUGGAACCGUUUAUACUGGUUCUGCUGAUGGAUUCAUUAGGGUUUGGGAAAAAGUUGGCGACAAAAGAAAACAUAGUUUAGUUACUACAUUAAAGAAGCAUAAAUCAACGGUCAAUGCUCUCGCAUUGAAUGGUGAUGGAUCGGUUUUGUUCUCAGGUGGCUGUGACCGUUCGAUCAUGGUGUGGGAGAGAAAGGAAGUUGAUGAUAAUGCACAUCAGAUGGUUUUUGUGGAAGCAUUGCGGGGUCACGAAGGGCCUAUAUUAUGUUUAACGAAUGUAGAUCAUUUGUUAGUCAGUGGAUCGUCGGAUCGAACAAUUAGGAUUUGGGAACAUGGGAAAAAGAGUGGGUAUUGUUGUAUGGUAGUAUUGGAGGGACAUGAAAGGCCAGUUAAGUCAGUUGUUGCAGUUAGAAGAAGUGGUUGUAAUAAUGGUAGUUCCAUGUUGUCGAUAUGCAGUGGAAGUCUUGAUGGGGAGAUAAAAGAAUGGGAGGUCUCAGCUGAUCAGCUCAAGCCCGAAGAAGAUGGUUGGUAAUUAGCAAUUACUCUAACAAUAGCUAGCUUAUAAUUAAUUAAUUAGGAAAAAUGAAACAGAAAAUUAAAAGAGAGACAGAAAAAAAAAAAAAACACACUAAAGACUGUCUCCUGAUUUUACAUUUAAAUUAUAAUCAUAUAUGUCUUUGUUUCUCUCUGUAUUGAUCUCAUUUAUUUAUUACAGUUUCUAUAUUAUGAUUUGAUU